GGGAGGAGGGAGAUCACACAGAAGGGGGGGUAAGAGAGAGGCGAAAUCAUCCCAUCUUUCGCUUGUGAGCAAGGCACUGCUGCUUGAAUCCAUUUUCCUCCGCGCUCAGAUGUAACAGGAUAAAAUGCUGAAGUUCUUCACAGCGCGGGAUGAUGAGAAUGAAAGCCUUUUGGGAGCAAUAACUGAGGAUGAAGGGGACAGUACGUCUCUUCAGGACACCAAGCACCACUGGCUGAACAGACCCUGUCUGCUGGUGCUCAAAGAUGGAGAUGUGUCAAAACCUGCACUGGACUGUAGAGAAAUCAGACCGCAAUCUCCAUCUAAAGCCACAUCGGAUGCGACGCUCAGAAGCAAAUCUGGACCUUGUGAGCAGAAACCUAUUGAACAUCCCACUGAAUCUGCUUCCCAAGUGGUGAAUGGCAGCUGCACUGUGACUUCCAUCUCUACAUGGGGUGAAAAGGAGUCCCCCAGCCCUCUGGUGUUGGGCCCAGCAGAGGCCGCGUGGGCAGAGGAGGAGGAAGAGAAGAACCAGGAGUCGCCGGUUCUCCCAUCAAAGGAAGACUCUGUGAUUGAGGAGAAGGAGCGGGAGGAAAGUGGGCUGGAGCAGCAGGAUGAGACCUGCAGCUUGGAGGGACCAUCUCGAGGAGAUCAGACAAACACCAAUAAGGCUGGGGCAGGCCGCGGGGAGGAAGCGAUGGGUGAGUGCGCUGCUUCUCCUGUGGAUCUCGAUGACAUGUCUGAGACGAGCCCCGUUGGCAUUCUGUCCAAGGAUCGAGUCACUGUUCUUGGUGAGGUGGCCCCCGUGUGGGUCCCCGAUGCCGAAGCGCAGGUCUGCAUGAAGUGUGGUAUCAAGUUUACAUUCACCAAGAGGAGGCACCACUGCCGUGCCUGUGGGAAGGUUUUUUGUGCACUUUGCUCCAGUUUGAAGUUCAAACUUACACACCUGGAUGGGAAGGAGGGACGAGUGUGCAUUUCCUGUCAUUCAGCACUCAUUAAAAGGAUGUCUCCAAAAGGAAAAAGAAGGGUGUGGUUCGCAGACGAAAUCCUCACCAAUAAGCAUUCAGAGUCUGCCCCGACCACACCCGUCAGGGAGCCCGCGUUCUCACCGCUGAUGAGUCGAGUGCUGGGUGGGCCUGUUAAAAGUCCUGUGGGUUCACCCCAGAUCAGGAGAACUUUGAGGCCACAUGGAACAAUGAUUGGUGAGGCCUGUGGUCCCUACGGCUGGGGAACCACAGCUUUAGUGAGCAGCUCUGCUAACCUCAUUCCCUUGGAUGGUUUGCCACCCAUACUCACCUCCACAGGAGUCAAAGGAGACUACACUGUGGAGGAGCAGCCCUCCGAGAUGCUCCUUAUUCAGGAGUUGGAGAGCGGCAGACCCAAGCCUCUGGUGUUUGUUCUCAAUGCUAACCUGCUCGCUAUGGUGAAGUUGGUCAACUACGUUAACAGGAAGUGCUGGUGUGUGACAACAAAGGGAAUGCACGCUGUAGGGCAGGUGGAGCUGGUGGUGCUGCUGCAGUGCCUACCUGAAGAAAAAAGCUUCCCCAAAGACAUUUUUAGGCACUUCAUUCAGCUGUACAGAGACACUUUCACAGGGAAGGUUGUGAAACACCUGUCACUCUCCCUGUUUGGCAGCAGCUUCUUUGGCAGUCAGGAUCAUGCAGGCUUCCUGUACGUUCGCUCCACUCUCCAGUCCCUUCAAGGUCUACCUCUGCCAAACCAGCCCUACCUCUUUGGCCUGCUGGUCCACAGAGCAGAGGUGGCCUGGGCCAAAGCCUUUCCCUUGCGCCUCAUGCUGCGACUGGGGGCUGAGUACAGAUUUUACCCAUGCCCUCUGUACAGUGUACGCUUUAGGAAGCCCUUGUUUGGGGAUAUAGGUCACACAAUAAUGCGACUGUUAGUGGACUUUAGGAAUUACCGUUACAGCCUACCAGUGGUAUCGGGGCUCACUGUGGACUUAGAAGCUCAUAGGACUUGCAUAAAAAUACCGAACACUGGGUAUAAUGAGCUAAUGAAGGCUGUGAAUAAGUCCAAUGAGCAUGUGCUGGCAAUAGGGGCAUGCUUCAAUGACACUGCAGACUCCCACCUCAUCUGUGUCCAAGCAGACGAUGGCCAGUAUCAGACCCAAGCCAUCAGCAUCCACAAUCAACCACGUAAAGUUACUGGAUCAUGCUUUAUUAUAUUCAGUAGUGCGCUGAAAGCGUCAGCAGGAUACCUGGCCAAAUCCAGCGUUGUAGAAGGUAGGAUACCCUCUGACCAGAGAAGCCAGACUGUUUGUCUAGGCGUGUGUCUCCCCAUUGGUGUGUGUUUGUGUGUGUUUCUCCUGUAUCGCUGUCCCCUCUUCGCAGAUGGGCUAAUGGUGCAGAUCACCGUGGAAACCAUGGCGGAGCUCCGUCGAUCACUACGGGAGAUGAAAGACCACACUGUCACCUGUGGACGGCUGGACCAAUCAGAGAGCCAGGAGCUUGUUUGUGUACAGUGGGUGGAGGAGAAAUGCACUGUGAAUAAGGGCAUCAUCAGCCCCAUCGAUGGGAAAUCAAUGGAGUCUAUCAGCAGUAACAAGAUGUUCCAGAAGUCCGAAUACAAAGAAAAUGGAAAGAUCAUCCGCUGGACAGAAGUGUUUUUCCUGCAGACAGGUGAUAAUCCCAAAGGAGCAGUGACUGACUCUGCUGAACACAACCGGCUCACGGAGAGAAUCGCCCGGGCAUUUUGCUUGGCACUGUGUCCACACCUUAAACUGCUGAAAGAGGACGGGAUGGCCAAACUGGGACUGCGUGUCACUUUUGACUCCCAAGAGGCUGGAUUUGUGGCAGGAAGCAAUGGGCAGCCCCUCCCAGCUCAGUACCUCAAUGCGCUGAAUAGCGUGCUGAUUCCUGUCAUCCACAGCAGGGGGCGCAAGAGGGACGGCGAGCCCAUAGUGAUGGAGCUCAUUUUUUACAUCCUUGAGAACAUCACUUAGAGAACUCAGACUUUCCACUAAUUCAUCUUCUUAACCCUGACCACUGCUUCAUCUCCAGCACUUCUCACCAGUUUCAGGGCAAUAAAAGCAUUCCAAAGGCAAAGCGGAUCAUAUCCAAGGUCCGCAUCCAUCUCAUCCAAGAGAUCUGACUCUUUGUGGUUUUCUGAUCUCACUCGGCCCAGCCACAAUCAAUCAGGCUACGCAUGAAACCUACGAUGGACCAUUAGAUAAGGGUGCAGCUCUCGCACUGUAGUAGCAAUUUCAUGGCUUGAAAUCAUCAAUGUCACAAUGUUUAAUACAUAUUUUACAGUCAAUACCUUUAAAGUGAUAGCUCACAACCUUAAAGCUAAGAGAAUGACUUGAAGUUAUGUAUCAAAUCCAAAUAGCAGCUUCAUGCGCACUGAAUGAAUGCCUGGAGAAUGUUUUAAUAUUUGAUGAAUUUUAACUGACUGCUCAUGAAAUGUAAUGUUAGCUUGGAAUUAAACUUGCAACAGUGA